AUGAACCCUCCAAGUUCCCUUCGAGACCUGUAUAUUGACCCCUCGCAGGCGUGGGCAUUUGUCCCCCCAACCACACCAGCGGUCGCAAACAGCUCAAGCUCCGCUGCGCCCCUGCCCCCUGCCGACACCGCGAAAGUGCACUCAUUUCAAUGGUCUACACGCCCUUCUCACAACUCGAUAUUCGAUCUCUCUCCUUCUCUGGAUCUGUCUGAACCGUCUGGGAUCAAUGUCGCCCAGCUCUUCAAGGCGUUUCUCGCCUCGGCGGUGCUGCAGUACACCAGCACGGCCAUCGUGAUGCCAUGGGAGGUGGGCAAGCUGCUGCUGCAGGUGCAGUGGGUGCCCCGAGACGCAGGAGAUCCAGAACCUAUACCGCUAGAAAUGGGUGAAGACGACAACGACGAUGCGUUGAGCGACGAUUCAACAGAAAACGACUCUUAUUUUGCUGAUCCUCACGCAGCACCGUCAAAUCGACCGCCUGCGCCAAGAGCACGGGUGGACGAACAGGGUUACGUCAUACGACGGUCUGUUUUGGAGGAAGGGACACGGCCAGAGUAUAUCAUACCUGUAGGGAGCGCGGAUGGAGUGUGGGGGAUGAUGAAACGUGUAGGACGAUUCCGUGCAGAGGGCUGGCUUGCGCUAUGGAAAGGGCUUCUGACUUCAUGUGUGACGGAGGUGGUGUCUGACAGCCUGCAGCCGAUGAUUCAUGGAUUCCUGCAGUCGCUAUUCUUUCCCUCACUGAGCGCAUUCCACCAGCCACCGAUCGUGAUCCCAGUGGUGUCGCAUCUGAUCACCGGAUUUAUUCUGUCACCUCUUGAUCUGAUUCGAACGCGAUUGAUCGUGCAGUCGUUUACGGCUCGCUACCGAAAGUACACAGGACCGCUGGAUGCAUUCCGACAAAUACUGCGGGAUGAGGGAGGACUGUACGGGAUGUAUUUCCACCCACACCUUUUGAUUCCAACACUGAUCGACAACGCGCUGCGGCCGAUGGUGUCUGUUGCGCUGCCGGGGAUGCUGCUGUCGUACUUUGGAUGGGGACACAUCACAGAAGACACGCACCCAAUUGGCUGGGGUAUGGCAGAGCUGGGAGGGAGCUGCGUAGGGCUGCUGGCGACGCUGCCUGUGGAGACGAUCCGGCGGCGGCUGCAGGUGCAGGUGCGGGGGUCGGCAGAGGCGGUGAAGGGAUGUGUUGAGCUGCGGCCAGCGGCAUACAAUGGGGUGGUGGACGCGUUCUGGCACAUUCUGACGGAGGAGCGGUCAGACCUGCCCAUCCGACAGAACGUGCGGCGGCGGCGACCGUCUGUGAAAGGCAAGGAGCGGGAAGAGGCAGAGGAACGAGAGGCAGCAGACGAGUAUGAGAGCUGGUUCCGCAACACAGGGCUGGGACAGCUGUACCGGGGACUGGGGAUGCGGCUGAGUGCGAGUGCGGUCGUGUUUGUGCUGGCACUAGUAGGUGGACGGGACGAGGCGGACUCUGGAUGGGCAGAGAUAUAG